ACAGCGGGCAACUCUUGCCGAUGAUAAUAAGGACUCGUCUCAACUUACAGGGGAUAAGUCAUUCUUCCCUCCUGUUUGCGUCAUUCAAACCAUAGAGGCAGGACACAGGGGUUGGGAAAAACGGCAUCAAUUUGGGACAGAAAUCAAGUCAAACCAUUGUGGGGAGUCGGGCAGGUUCUUUUGAAAAUCCACAAAACCCACAUGUCCGUAAGUUGGCGAUAAGACGGCGGGAUGAACGGAAGAUGAUAUCGCCCGGAGGAGCGGGUUUUUUGUGUAUAGAGCGCACUGUCUAUCCUCUCACGCAUAGCACACUACACGGCCGAGAGCAGGUGGGGCGUCAGGCAUGCGAUGAAAUUUGCUCGCGGCACUUUUGAAGGUUUUUUUGUGCGCACAUCAACCUGGGCCGACUCAGUGUGUCCUGUGUUGGCGGAGCUGUAAUUCUUUUCAGUCACCGAGUGCCCAGGCAGUACAGAUAAAGUCUCCACGCUCAGCCAACCACCCAUGCCCUGAUAGGCAGUGUAUAACCAGUGUGUGUGCGGGAGUGAGUGCGCACAGUGCACGAGAGAGACAGCAUUGACACGCUUUGACUCCCAGCAUGAUUAAUGAUUAUAUUCAUCGCCAUGUCGAUAUCCAAGCCGCAGUGCGCUCCCACAUUCCACCAAUUGGCAGAGCUGACACCAAGCGACACUACCCAUCUGGGGCUGUGAGUUUUCCCACCCAGUCAACUCCAACCGGUGUGACGAGCAUGCCGCCUGGCAGUCCGACACGAUGACUUUGACGCAGCGCCCGUGAUCCGCACCGCCGACUGCUGGAGCCCCGUUUUCGCCGCAUCAUGCCCCGCGGAUGGAGUAGCAUAAAGAGAUGAAUUUGAAGCACCAGAAACAUGUUUUCGUUUUUCGCCACGACGCGGUAGCCUUACCUCUGCACAGUUUGCCUUUCAUCGUCGUCGCCAGCAGGGCCCGGCGAUCGAACCUCGGGUCGCACACCGUUUACCCAACUGUUCAGGCGACCAGGAGAACGUGACCCCUAGCCCCGUGUUUUCAAACAAACCUGUGAGUCAGUCGGUUCGUUGAGCGCGUUAAUUCGGACAGGUGGCCCCGUCAGACGCGUCAUGAGACCGGCAGGUCUGACUGUGCCUGGGACGGUGUACCGGGCCUCCUGCGUCCUCCUCCUACUCUGCACGGUGGGCUUCAUCGUCACCGCAUCGACGCAGCUGGAAAGGAGGAGCGCCCCGAUAGACACGGAGCUCGCCAACGGGAAGGGGAGAAGACACCGCACCCCGAAAGUAAGGAGACCGGGCAAGGGAGUUACCGAGGAAGGGUACCCCGAGCAAGGACAAGCGGAGAUGGUCCGGCUGUUGGAUGCCUUCGGGCUGAAGACCGUGCCGAGGCCCAACCACACGGCAGUGACGACUCCACCGGCAUUCAUGGUCAAUCUUUACCACCAGUUGGAAUCUACAAUAGGUUCUACUCAUCAGACAUCAAAUGCUCCCAGAGCAAACACCGUCAGAUCCUUCAAUGAAAAAGACACAAAGUCGUCUCGUCGCAGAUACCUGUUCGAUACGAGCAGCGUGCUGGCCCGAGAGACGGUCUUAGCUGCAGAGCUCCAGCUCUACAAACAGAAGCCCCGACCCCUUGACGGUUGGACGGACGACAUGUUGCCGAGCCAGGUCACCUGCGAGCUCUACGAACUCCGCCGGAGGAUCGACCCCAUCCUGGGAGGCCCGCCCACCGUGUCCCGGACCCUGAUGGACCGCAAGGCCUUGAAUUUCACCCACCGGGGCUGGGUCCACUUCAACGUCACCGGUGCCUUCGAUGGCCGUGGUCACCUGAAUAUCUCCACAGACAAACUCUUCGAGAUGAGAAUAAAGAGCGAGGCGGAGCUCCCCAAGGGGGCCGUGGUGUUCUCCAAGCGGCCCCGCCCCAAGCACAAAGACCGCCGCCCGCUGCUGGUCCUGUUCCUAGACGAUAAAAACGUUUUAGUCAGCGACAUUACGCUACCAGGGGCAGAGGCCUCGUCAUCUCAGGAAUCAGGGAGGAAUAGACAGCUAUCCCGGAGUAUCGGGAGUGAUGAGGCAGCCGACCCAGAGCCAGACACAGAGCGCUCGGACCGACAGAAGAGGAGAGCCUCCUCUCGGACAGGAAACAGAGGACGAGACAAGUGUAAACUGUACGAUUACUACGUCGAUUUUAAAGUCAUCGGCUGGAGCAAUUGGGUCAUAGCGCCAAACGGUUACACGGCGAACUACUGCGAGGGAGACUGCCCGUUUCCGCUGGACCUUAACUUCAACGCCACAAACCACGCCACGGUUCAGGCCAUCCUUCACAUGCACACGGGCACCUACCGCAACAACAACCGGCGACUGCCCAACCCGUGCUGCGUGCCGGCCACCUUGGAAGGGAUCCACGUGCUGUACCUGGACGACCUCAACAACGUAGUUCUCAAGGAGUUCAGCGGCAUGAUCGCCACCAGCUGUGGCUGCCAGUGACGGGAGGGGACUGGGGACGAGAGAUCGUUGGCCGGUGCUGUGUGAGGUGGCCCCCAAAGUGGCCACGAACCAUCUCUACGUCUUGAACGAGUACGAGUCAGUGUGGUGCAACGCAACGAAAAUUAUGUACUUGUGAGUUCGAAAAUGACGGUCUCUAGCUCAUUUGGACUUGAUUUAGGGUAGCUGUGUGUAUGCUUGGGAUUUAGAAGGUCGCCUAAACUUAAGGCCACCUGAACACACCGACUAUAUACAUAGACGGGAGUGCCCCUUGGGAUACUGCCAAGCAGACUUUGCCACCCAAUCACAAACAUUGGCCAAAUUAGACAAAAUUACCCAUUUUUGGCUGUAUGAAUAUUUGCGGCCACCUCCAAUACCCCCAGACCCACGUCGCCUUCACUCGGUGCAUGGCCACUGCCCAGAGUGGGCACAUUAUGAUGGAAUGGACGCAAUCACUAAAGUCUUGUGGCGCCAGAAAGUUGAGGUCGUCAGAACAUGCCGGUAUGACAACCAUGAUGGUGUGUUGAACUGCUACAACAGGACAGUCAAGCGGCUUACUAAGGCCAGAGAAAACGCACUUUUUCGUAAGUGUAAGGCGUGCCUACACCGGUAGUGCCAGGAGGGCUUUCUUAGAAAGAGAUGGAAAGCCGGACCAACCUUUAUCUCCUACAUCAGGCUGACAGAGAGAUCAACUCCUCUUCUCACGACUGAAAGUUUUCCUACUCGUUUCCAUGGUCCAGGUGGUUCAAAGUUCGGGUUUCACACCACCGAAAGCCAUAAUUAUGGCUGUUUCUUCUAGGAAAAGAAUACCUUUGCUUUUUUCCCGAAAGGUUGUUACGGGUGGGUUUUGUUGAAGAUCCAUGACGUGGUGCAAAUGUAAAUCCUUUUGACACCAGAGGUCUCAUGUCAAAACAGUAUUAAUGAUGGGAGACUUUGAGGUGCUUGGUAGCAACAAACAUACCAGUCCUUUUACCCAGUUCCAAGCUUUCCCCGUUGUUCUGAGCAUGCGUGCAUGGUUCUGAGCACGCGCACUACCUUGAAAAAGGGCCGGUAUGUCUGCUGCCACCAGCGUCUCAAUGUCUUCCUCUGGAUAAAGUGAAACUGAAGCAAUCACGAUACAAUUCAUUUCAUGAGAAUAAGGACAUUACAGAGUGAGAGAUCAAGGAAACCUUUAGCGUCUUGGAAUAAUGUCAGAUUUUCAAGAAGAUAGUUGACCAUACAGCGAAGGACCUCAAAAAGGUCUUAGAAUCCACUCGUGUGAACUCUAGCAAAGACAUGUUUACGGGGCAAAACCUAGAUGUUCUUCUUUUCUCCACUUGUUAACAGCAAAUCUGAACAAAAGAAGAGACGGUUCAAACGUACAUUUUAAAUAGUUCGCGCUCCAAGACACUCUACUUUCUACAAAGUGACGGGUCCCCCUUUUUAGCUCAUACCUGUCAGCUUUCAGUGGCCUGACAGGUGAGCGCAAGCGUCAGCGCCCGAAGCUAGCCUUCCCCUUCAUAUAAAAAUCUACCAACCCGAAAUGCGUUUGCGAUCAACCCCCGGCUCCGUCAGCUAGAUUUUGGAAGAGCACUUAAGGGAGAAAUUCCCUCCCCGUUAAAGGCCAGCGGUUGACAGGCUGGGGUGACCGCGAUCCGGUUGGUUAUUGUUCCUGCUGGCAGCCUAACCUCGCCAGAAGCUAAGAUCUAAUGCUACCGCUGUACAUGCAGCGAACGAUGUUGACGCAGUCUUUGGUGUGACAUGUAGCACAUCUAUCGAAAACAAUAAAAAGGAAGUUUAAGGUACCUGGUGUAUUGCGCAUUCCGUGCCGAUGAAAACCCCGUCUUGCUUCCUCUUUUAGAGUGAUCAGAAAUCCCACAUGUGGAAUAUUGGCACCGUGACUCUCUUGCCGAGGCUUUUUUGUAAUACAUGGAGAAUGAAUGAUGUAGUCGCUAAAAUUCCACGCACAGUAAACGAACUCUAUAACCAAAUGCGUGUUGAACGCAGGUGCUGUUCCUUCUUGGCAUUCUCUUGUUUUACCGGAUUGCGAUAUUUUCUCUUCUUUCAGUUUUGUUUGGAGAGAGGCCGCUCUUCUGUGUUUUCAUUUUUUUAGGUGCUUGAAAAUUUUACUUUGCUUGAGCUGGGGUAUGUCGAAAAGGGUUUUGAUUGCAAAUACCUCCCCCCCGGCACGGUAGAGUCACGAAAUCACGUGAGGGCAAACGUCAUUGCCACGUGGUUUUCGAAACUGUACGACACGAAGGGGCGGGGCAGGUUAAGGGGCGUCACUUUGAAUGAAUACAUCUAUCUCAAAUUAUCUUAACCCACUGUAUGUUUACCUAUUAUCAUAAUUGCACUUUCUAAAGUGUUCACACAUAACUUUUUCUUAUAUUUUGUUGAUACAAAUCAGUAUUACGGGUGUAUAUUGGUAAUAAGUGCGUUUUUUGUAUUUACUUGUAAAUACAGAUAGUUAGAAUAAUAUCGUGUACAUAAUUCGGUAACCUCAUUCAUUAAUGUUUUUUUUUCAUCUCAUUUGAACGGUUUUUCCCAACACCUUUUUCUGCGAUUUAUUGAAAGGGGAAAGGGUGUUGCAGAAGGCACGAGGGAAUGAAGCAACGGUUUGUCACUGCCUAAUGGUGCAUCGGCGUAGUGUUUGGUAUAGAGUUCCAUCGAGGAUUCGAUUGUACUUCACCGCCAUCGUAUUCAAGGGCACUGGAGACCACUGCAUGUUUGUCCGAGAAUCAUGAUGUAACUUCCGCGAACUUUCAUUGGGUGGCAUUUGUUCGCCCAGUGACCUAUGCUCACACUUACGCAUGCGCAAGACACGUGCAUACCGAAUGCACACGGUCUUGCAGAGCCUGAAAGUUGACCCCUGAUGGCGCGCUUCCGGAACCCUUGGAUAGGAAAAAUAACGUGCAAGAAUUUAGAAAUUGUAUUAUUUUUCGUUCAGUAACUUCUUAAAAAAAUCCAACUGGGAAAAGGGGCUUUGGAAAAUACUUGCUAUAAGUGUAUCAACUUAUGGAAACUGAAAAUCACCUGACCUAAAGGAGCAAUAUUCUGCCAAAACUUGGCCCAUUCAUUCCAAAAAUCUAAAAUACAUGAAGAACAGUGCAAUGCGACAGUCUUGUACGCAGAAGAAAAUUUGCGGUUGGAAUUUUUAUGGUAGUCUGUCGGUAAAAGCCGAAAUAAAAACAGAUCAAACUAUUUUACACACUUUUAUAAUUUAUAAGAUAAUAAAAUUAAACAAUAUUCUACUUUUACAAAAGAUUCUAAUCUGAUUAUCGAACGUGAUAGGAUGAUCCAAUGCAAAAUCCCCAUGGCCAGACCGUGCGAAGGUUCCGGAAACUCGCUGCGUGACCUUUUACUUUCCCACAGUGCAUUGCCGCGCCUGCGUUUCCUUCGCGAAAUACCGCGAAAGCAGUUUGCCGUCAUCAGUGCCAUUGGAACGUGCAGUGAGUACAAGCGAAGUCAAGAGAAAGGACGGAGGGGGUUUUAAACUCCAGGUUGUCCAACCGGGAUUUGACAGAAAUGGUAUGUAGUUCGUAGAAAAGAAUUGAGAGCUAUUAUUAGACCACCAGUAUUUAAAUAUUGGACAAAAUUUGCUGGAAGGCUCCUCGGUUAAAGGCUUCUUAUUUUUUGAACGUGUACAUUUUGUAUAACGCUCAGAAUUAGCCUUAAAUCAAAAAAGGGCCUGCGAGUGGCGGGAGCCUGUUUUUUAUGUUAAUGUCUUGUACACGUGUGCACAAACAAAACGGGACAAACUGUUGCAGGUAACCAUAGAUGUAACCUAUAAAAGCUGCGUCUUCAGUGUCUCUGAUCGGCAACAACACAGACAUUAACCCCAAUAGUCCUGAAUCCUCCAAUUUUAAUAUGAUUUGGCACACACCCUGGGGAGUUAGGGUUAGUAGACGGCUUCAUGACAGGGACGGAUCUAGCUUUCAGGAAACGAGGGGUUGAUGGGCGUAUUGAAGGGAUGCCCGGCUAAGGGGCUCCACCGGAAAUCGACGUAAUUGUUUAACUGUAGAUAAAUAGAUGGACGGCGCAAUCUUCGUCCAGGAUUUUCUAUUUGGUAGGCCUACUCACUCCCCGUCAUUUCACUGGUAGAUCCAUUUAGUCCGUGGCUGAACGGGAGGUUGCAACCCUCUUCUCAAUCUGCCUCUGUAUGAAAUGGCGGACAUCGCUCUGCACAUGCUGCCGCCAUGGGCAUGCAGAGCCUCGCACCGGUGGCUUGUAUAAUCGUGUCCGAAUCGCUUUAUCCAGUCGCAUGGUAUUAAAACUAACGCAGCACGUGCACAAAUUACAUAAGGAACAUACUCAGGAGUCGCUGAACCUAUGAUUUAUUGUGUGAAGCUGCCAGAUGAAGGGCUCUGCAUGCGCGCCUAUAUGGCGGCAGCUUGCAAAGAGCGAAUUGGCGGCUGGCGUGCAGUCGGAAUCUCAAAACCGGACAAAAAUGAUGGGAAUGUCAGUGUUUCAAAGCUGGGUUUUUGUACCCGAAAGGCCACCAUGACUAGUGCCUUUCUCCCCCCCCCAUAAAUUCGCUGUCCUACUUUAAAUGCCCCCGGAAUGCCAUCAGGGAAUGCAACAAGCGAUAAGGCACAAGUUGAAAAUGCCAUUGUUAGUGAAUGCGCCAUUGUUGCGACGCACACCAGGAAUGUUGCGCACUCCGUAACUGACAACUUCGUACUAAUAUUUUUUCCCCUGAAAACAAUAGCAGAACCCCCCCUUUUUUACAAUAGAUUGGCAUUUUAAAGGUAUUCUGUUAGAACUCCGAGGUGAAGUGUAUCUAUAACGUGUACAUAAUAGUGUACAUUAGCCUUUCUUAUACGAUUUCACAGAGUGUACAAAAUAACUAUAAAUGAGGGAAGACGAUGUUUAAUUAAUUUUUGUAUUACAGUGAAACUGACAUAGUGGAUAUCGUACUUAGCUCCUUUUAGUUCUGUCUGCAUGAAGUAUUCCACACGAUUGUGCAUGUAUUCUAAUUAUUUGCGAGGGAACUUAUUUAUUGGAAAUAUAGAGCAUGUAACAUAAAGUGCGUGAAGUAAA